AUGUCCUUACCUUUGAUGCUAAGGGUCGUGCUGUUGACUUUGAGGGGUGUUCCCCCUCCCCCCUCUUGCCCUCUGUUGCUUCUGCUACUGCGGCCGACCUCGUUGGUUUCGAGUUGGUCGGCGCUACGUCUGCCCCUAGCGAGAGACGCUGCAAAGGCAAGGGCAAGGGGGGCAAGGGCGCUGGAGGGGCUGGCGGGGGCGGUGGAGGUGGCGGUGGAGGCAGUGGAGGGGGUGGGGGUGGUGGUGGGAGUGGUGGCGGGGGUGGAGGUGUCGGUGGCAGCAGUGGAGGCGGAGGAGGCGGCGGCGGUGGCGGUGGGAGCGGGGGCGGCGGCGGCGGCCGUGGAACUGGUCGCGGCUCUGCACAGAGGAGUGGCUCCGGUGGUGGUCAGCGCCAGCAGUAGCAGCGCAUUCGUGAGACCCCGUCCCCCCAGCAGCUUCGUGAGUGGUACGCUGCGCGUCAGCGAGGUGUGUCCCAGGGGUGCCGGGCCUGGGGGUGCUGAGCCUGGGGGUGCAGAGCCUGGGGGUGCGGAGCCUGGGGGUGCUGGGUCUGCUUCGUCGAGGCGUGAGCUACUCUCUCCGCAGGAGCUGCGCGACUGGUUUGCCCGCCGCUGGAGCCAUGCUGCUGGAGCUGGAGAUACUACUGUUGCUGCUGAUCCUGGAGGUGCUCGUACUGGCGGUACUGGAGCUGCUAGGACUGGGGGUGCUGCUGGGGCUGCUGGAGUUAGUCCUGCUGGAGGUGCUGCUGGAGCUGCUGGCAGUGCUGGAGCUGAAGGUCCUGCUGGGGUUCGUGCUGCUGGAGCUGCUGGAGCUGGAGCUGCUGGGGGUGUUGGCGCUGGUGGUUCUGCUGGCGCUGGUGCUUCUGAGGGUGCUGGAGUUGGCGCUGUUGGAGCCGGAGGUGCUGCUGGCGCUGGUGCUGCCGCUGGGGGUACUGGUGCUGUCCCUUCUGCGGCCCAACCGCCUCACCUUCGCGGCCCCGCUGGUCUCCCCUUCUGCCGAGCCGCCCGAGCAGCCGCCCGCCACGCCGCCCAGUACCGGAGCAGCCGAGCAGCCCAGCAGCAGCCGCCGGGCCGCCUGGCCGCCGAGCCGCGGUUCAGCCGAGCCGCCCAGCAGCAGCCGCAGAUCCGCCGGGCCGCCGAGCCGCAGUACAGCCGAGCCGCCCAGCAGCCGCCGCCGAGUCGCCGAGCCGCAGUACCGCCGAGCCGCCCCGCAGCCGAGCCGCACUACUGCCGAGCCGCCCGACCUGCCCUGUCUGUCGCUGACCUCAUCACGCACCUCCGCACUUCUGACACUCUAUACCGCGCCGCACUUCCUGCUGAGUUCUGCGCCAAGAACCCCCCCCCCAUGUACAUCGCUCUCUAUUACAUAGUCACUCGCCUCCCUGACUCCCUUCGCGUAGUCAGGGACCACUUCCUCUCAGUCUGUCCCACCACCCUCACUGUCGACCUCCUCGAGAAGGCCCUCCUAGCGGCGGAGAAGAGCAUAGUCGCUGUAGGAGCCUCUCGUGGUGACCCGCGCACCCCCAUCUUUGAGGGGUGUUCUCCUUCCCCCCUGCUGCCCUCUGUUGCCUCUGCUGCUGCUGCUGCCGACCUGCUUGGUCUUGAGUCGGUCGGCGCGGCGUCUGCCCCUAGCGGGAGACGCCGCCCUGGCAAGGGCAAGGGGGGCAAGGGCGCGGGUGGAGCUGGCGGGGGCGGUGGAGGUGGCAGUGGCGGUGGCGGAGGGAGUGGGGGUGGCGGUGGGAGUGGUGGUGGGGGUGGUGGUGGUGGUGGCGGCAGCGGAGGCGGCGGCGGGAGCGGAGGUGGAGGUGGCGGUGGGAGCGGAGGCGGCGGUGGUGGCGGAGGUGGAGGCGGCGGUGGCGGAGGAGGUGGAGCCGGUCGGGGUAGUGCCCCGCAGCGGAGCGGCUCUGGUGGUGGUCCGCGCCAGCAGCAGCAGCAGCAGCAGCGUUCUCGGGACAUCCCCCCACCUCAGCAGCUCCGUGAGUGGUACACGCAGCGUCAGCGUGGUGGGGGUCUUGGCCCGUGCACCUACCAGUUCCCCGAGGCUAGUGAGAUUCCCCGCUGGGGAGAGCUGUCUAGGGCUGGCAUAGCGAUCUUUGAUCUUGACUUUGAUGCUAUCCUUGCUGCCAUGUAUGCUGUGACUAUUAGUGAUGAGGGUGACUGUUACCGGUGUUUCCCGCCCGACCCGGGCAUUGGUACUGCUGCGCUAGGUGCUUGUGAGGCUGCUGCUCUAGGUGCCAGUGCGUCUGCACUCUCAGGUACUGGUGAGGCUGCGCUCUCAGGUACUGCGUCGGCUUCGGCCUCCCUCACCUUCACACUUGACUCAGGGGCUUUUCGCUCCUUCUUUCGAGACCGCACCACACUCACGCCGCUUAGUCGGCCGGUUGCAGUCUCCCUGGCUGACCCCUCUGGGGGUCCUGUCCUCGCUCACUUCUCCACAGUCCUCCCGUGUCCGGCUGCCCCCUCGGGCACCCUGUCGGGUCUGUACCUCCCCUCGUUCUCGACGAACUUGGUGAGUGGUGCUGACCUGCAGGAUGCGGGGGUUCACCAGUUUACUCCUGCGAGUCAGCGGGGGACCCACUGCUCGGACGCCCGCACAGGCCGACACCUAGCCACGUUUUCGCGUCGGCCCGGGUCGAGUCUCUACACCCUAACCAUUGAGUCUCUUCCAGUCCCUGCGUCUGGCCAGGUAGCUGCGUCGGGUCAGGUGUUUGCUGCUGCGUCCAGGUCUGGUCCUGAGUCUGCCCCCUGCUUGUGUCGCCUCCUGUCUCACGAGACUCUCUUGUGGCACCACCGUCUUGGCUACCCCUCCUUGCCUCGUCUUCGGGGCAUGGCUUCCCGUGUCCUUGUCUCUGGUCUCCCCCGGUCUCUCCCUCCCCUUCCUUCGGGGCCAGGACCCUCCUGUGUCCCCUGUGUUGAGGGGCGGCUCCGGGCUGCCCCUCACUCCUCCCAGUUUCCCCCGACAGAGGCUCCUCUGCAGACGCUUCACAUGGACGUGUGGGGCCCGGCCCGCGUCCGUGGACAGGGUCACGAGCGCUACUUCCUGCUGGUGGUUGACGACUACUCGCGUUACACCACGGUCUUCCCCUUGCGCAGCAAGGGUGAUGUCACUGGGUGUCGUGCACGAGGCAUCCGCCAGACCUUCACGCUUCCGGACUCUCCACAACAGAAUGGGAUCGCUGAGCGCCGCAUUGGCAUGGUCAUGGACGUCGCUCGUACGUCCAUGAUGCAUGCGGCUGCCCCCCAUUUUCUGUGGCCGUUUGCGGUUCAGUACGCAGCGCAUCAGCUCAACCUUCACCCCAGGGUCUCCCGGCCGGAGACCUCCCCAGAUCUGCUGUGGACGGGGAAGGUUGGCGAUGCAUCUGCGUUCCGUGUCUGGGGAUCUCGGGCGUUUGUCCGCGACUUGUCUGCGGACAAGCUGUCCCCUCGUGCUGCUCCCUAUGUCUUCCUAGGCUUCCCCCCUGACGCCCCAGGGUGGCAGUUCUACCACCCCUCCUCUCGUCGUGUUCUGUCCUCCCAGGACGUCACGUUCGACGAGUCCGUCCCCUUCUACCGCCUCUUCCCCUACCGCACUCCUUCCCUCCCCCCGCCACCGCACUUCCUUGUGCCAGGUCUCCCCCCGGUAGACCCCCUUCCCCCUCAGGGUCCUGCCCCUUCAAGUGUGUCCCAGGUUGAUGCAGUCGAGCCGGUCGAGGUUGCUGGUGACUCAGGUACUGCUGGGGGUGCUGAGCCUGGGGGUGCUGCGCCUGGGGGUGCUGACUCUGUGGGUGCUGAGUUUGGAGGUGCUGAGCUUGGGGGUGCUGACUCUGGGGGUGCUGAGUUUGGGGGUGCUGAGCUUGGGGGUGCUGGGUCCGGGGGUGCUGAGCCUGGGGGUGCCGCGUCUGGAGCUGCUGAGCCUGGAGGUGUGGAGCCUGCGGCCACUGGACCUCCCCUUGUGUCGUCUGGCGGUGCUGGGCCUGGAGGUUCUCCGGGUGUUUCGUCUCGGCGGGAGCCACUCUCUCCACAGGAGCUGCGUGAGUGGUUUGCUCGCCGUUGGAGGCGUACGGCUGGAGCUGGCGCUUCUUCGACCGCUGAGGGUGCUGGUGCCGCCGGUCCCGGAGCUGCUGGGCCUACGGGUCCGCCUGGAGCUGGAGCUGCUGAGGGUGCUGGUUCUGAGACUACUACUGUCAGUCCUGGUGGUAGUCGUGCUGCGAGUGCUGCUGGUGCUACUGGAGGUCCUGCCGCUGGAGGUGCUGUUGGCGCUGGUGCUGCCGGAGGUGCUGAGGGUGCUGGUGCUGUCCGUGCUGUGUCUGGAGCUGCAGCGCGGCCUCGGCCGUACUUUGUUCCGCUUAAUCAGCAAGUUCUUGGUCUUCCUCCUCUCUUAGAGUGUCCACCUCCUGUCCAGUCGCAGUCACAGUUACCGCCGGCCUCCCCACUGCCUUCUCCUUCACCUUACACUGGUCCUACUGGAGGUCUUGCUGAGCGUCGUGAGCCUGCGUCUCGUCCUGCGUCGCCUGUUCGUGCGGCUCGCACUAGUGGUCGCAGUUCGCGUCAGCGUCCUCCUCCUGUCCCUGGCACGCACCGGAUGUCUCUGCGUCCGUCCACUACUCCUCUACGUGCCCCUUUGCCCUCUCCUCCAGAGUCCUCUCUUCCUGCGCUUGCCGACCCUGAGUCGGACUCUCUUCGUGCUGCCAGUCCUACUGUCACGCGUCUCCUUGCUACUGUCGUCACUGACCCCUCCUUUGAGUCCACUACUGCGUUUGCUCUUGUUGCUGAGCUCGUCGACUUUGCUGCUCGCUGUCGUCUAGACUACGCUGCUAGUCUUGUUACUGAGUCUGCGUCUGUCUGUCCUCCGUCCGUCGGGGGUGAGUGUGCUCUUGGCACGGACGUCCUUGAGGACACGCAGGAGGAGUUUCAGUGUCUGGCUGCUGCUUCACCUCAUCUCGCGUCUGUACUGCUUGCCCCUGAGGGAGACCCGAAUGCACUAGACAUCCCGACUCCGCGCUCUUACGCGGAGGCCGUAGAGGGUCCCUACUCGUCUCAGUGGCAGGCAGCUAUGGAUGCAGAGAUGGCUUCCUGGAAGUCCACAGGCACCUACGUUGACGCGGUUCCCCCUCCUGGGGCGAACAUCGUCAGUGGCAUGUGGAUCUUCAGGGUGAAGCGGCCGCUGGGCUCUCCACCUGUCUUCAAGGCGCGGUACGUGGCUCGAGGCUUCAGUCAGCGGCAGGGAGUUGACUACUUUCAGACCUUCUCUCCCACCCCGAAGAUGACCACUCUUCGGGUGCUGCUGCACAUAGCCGCUCAGCGCGACUACGAGCUUCACUCUCUUGACUUCAGCACCGCUUUCUUCCUUCGACGGCCAGUCUACGGUCUCCGCCAGGCACGGCGUGAGUGGCACGACACACUGAGGACUACGCUUGCGGCUCUUGGGUUUGCUCCCUCUACUGCUGACCCGUCGUUGUUUCCGCGCACCGACACUUCUCUGCCGCCGUUCUACAUCCUCGUGUACGUCGACGACUUGGUCUUUGCCACAGCGGACACUGCUGGACCCGCCUACGUGAAGUCCGAGCUGCAGAAGAGACACACGUGCACAGACCUGGGUGAACUGCGCAGCUACCUUGGCUUGCAGAUCACUCGGGACAGAGCACGCCGCACCAUUACCUUGACUCAGUCGCACAUGGUGCAGCAGGUCCUUCAGCGCUUCGGCUUCACGUACUCCUCACCUCAGGCCACUCCUCUAUCUACUCGCCACUCGCUCUCAGCUCUGCCUUCGGAUGAGUCCGUAGAGUCGAGUGGCCCGUACCCAGAGCUUGUUGGCUGCCUCAUGUACCUGAUGACCUGCACACGACCUGACCUUGCAUACCCUCUUAGCAUCUUGGCACGCUAUGUUGCUCCUGGGAGACACCGACCAGAGCACAUGGCUGCAGCGAAGAGGGUGUUGCGCUACUUGUGCAGUACGUCGGGCAUGGGGCUAGUGCUUGGAGGGCGGAGUCCAGUGGUCCUCACUGGGCACGCGGACGCUUCUUGGGCUGUCGACCAGGCUACUCAGCGGUCGUCGCAGGGUUACACCUUCAGUCUUGGUUCCGGCUCUGUUUCGUGGCGGGCUACUCGCUCGUCUUCUGUUCUCGGCUCCAGUUGUGAGGUUGAGAUCUACGCCGGGGCCAUGGCUGCUCAGGAGCUUCGCGGGCUCACCUACCUGCUGACUGACCUUGGAGAGCCGCCUCAUUCUCCUCCAGUGCUGUACGUAGACAACAAGGCCAUGCUGGCCUUGUGUCGAGAGCAGCGCCUGGAGCACAGAACGAAGCACAUUGCUCUCCGCUACUUUCUUGCUCGUGAGCUGCAGCAGCGUGGUCAGUUGCGACUUGCGUACGUUGCCUCUGAGGCCAACACUGCUGAUGUUUUCACCAAGGCACUUCCGCCUUGUGAUCAUCAGCGUUUCUGCACUCAGCUGGGACUUGUCCCAGUCUUGCCUCACUUGCUCACCUCUUGA